GCUGCCUCUGUCAAGAUGGCCGCCCGGACGGCUCGCCGCUCCCGCGCGCUGGAGAGGUGGGCCCGGCUGGUGCGCUCCUUGUCGCGCGGCGAUGACGUACUCCGGGGGAGCGGCGGCAGCGUCUCCUCGCCGCGGCAGGAACAGGAGGAGCGCGGAGCGGAGUUUGUAGCAGUCGCUCGCGUGAAGAUGGCGGGCCUCGCCGACGCCGACGCCCCGGGCAGCGGGGACGGGGGCCGGCGGGAGGCCUCGCUGCUCUCGGCGGAGCCCGGCCUGCGGAGGAGCAGCUUCACCACCGACGGGGAGCCUCGGUCGCCGCAGCCCUCGCCCGCGCGCCCGGCCCCUUCCUCCGCCCCCGGCCCAGCCUCGCCCCCGCCGCCGGACCCCGGGCAGCCUCGCCGGACCGAGACGCUGGGCUUCUACGAGAGCGACCGGCACCAGCCCCAGCAGAAGCGCCGCGGGCCCGCCUCAGAUCUUUCACUGUUCAGAUUCAUCAACGCAGAGCUAACAAGGGGUUACUUCCUUGAACACAAUGAAGCAAAGUAUACAGAACGGAGAGAAAGAGUGUACACAUGCAUGCGAAUACCAAGAGAAUUAGAAAAGUUGAUGAUUUUUGGGAUCUUCUUAUGCCUGGAUGCUUUCCUUUAUGUGUUCACGCUCCUUCCAUUGAGAGUUUUUCUAGCAGUAUUCAGGUUCAUCACUUUGCCUUGUUAUGGCUUGCGCUCUCACCGAGGCCUAAGAAUGAGUGAUAGGCGUUUGCUGCAGCCUGCUCAGGUCUGUGAUAUUUUCAAAGGAGUUAUACUGGUAAUCUGCUACUUCAUGAUGCACUAUGUUGACUAUUCCAUGAUGUACCACCUGAUCAGAGGACAGUCUGUCAUUAAACUCUACAUCAUCUAUAAUAUGCUUGAGGUAGCUGAUCGAUUGUUUUCCUCUUUUGGUCAAGAUAUCUUGGAUGCUCUUUAUUGGACUGCUACAGAACCAAAGGAGAGAAAAAGAGCACACAUAGGUGUGAUUCCCCAUUUUUUCAUGGCAGUGCUAUAUGUCUUCUUGCAUGCUAUCCUUAUAAUGGUCCAAGCAACAACACUCAAUGUAGCCUUCAAUUCCCACAAUAAGUCACUUCUAACUAUCAUGAUGUCUAACAACUUCGUUGAAAUAAAAGGAAGUGUCUUCAAGAAGUUUGAAAAGAACAAUCUAUUUCAGAUGUCAAAUAGUGACAUCAAGGAGAGAUUCACCAACUAUGUACUGCUACUGAUAGUUUGUUUAAGGAACAUGGAACAGUUUUCCUGGAAUCCAGACCAUCUUUGGGUGCUGUUUCCAGAUGUUUGUAUGGUGAUUGCAUCAGAAAUUGCCGUGGACAUUGUGAAGCAUGCUUUUAUAACAAAAUUUAAUGAUAUCACUGCUGAUGUUUACAGUGAAUACAGAGCAAGCCUUGCAUUUGACCUUGUUAGCAGUCGGCAGAAAAACGCAUACACAGAUUAUAGUGACUCCGUUUCCAGAAGAAUGGGUUUUAUUCCGCUCCCACUGGCUGUUUUACUCAUCAGAGUGGUUACAAGUUCCGUAAAAGUACAGGGAGUCUUGGCUUAUGCCUGUGUUGUUCUCUUCUAUUGCGGGUUAAUAUCUCUCAAAGUACUUAACAGCAUUGUGCUUUUGGGGAAAUCGUGCCAAUAUGUCAAAGAAGCAAACAUGGAAGAGAAGUUGUUUAACCCUCCUCCUGCCGGCACCCCAGGCAAACCUCUUGGUAAACCACAAAGCAAGUACAAGUCCAGCCAAGAUGAAAAGUUGCCUUCUUCAGUGACCAGUCAACCUGUGCACCAGAAUGAAAGUGUAGUGCCACAACUUGUGACUAGCAACUCUGAUCAGUUUCUGACAACUCCUGAUGGAGAUGAGAAAGAUAUAACCCAGGACAAUUCAGAAUCAAAACAUAGAUCUACAAAGAAGGAUUUGUUGGAGAUAGACAGGUUUACAAUAUGUGGCAACAGAAUUGACUAGACUUUUGUAAAUGAAUGUGCUUAAGAUACUGAACUGUUGGGACAGCAAAUGCUACCAAGAAUGACAGACGCCAGUAGGUGUUUCAAUAUUUAUUUUAAACUUUAAGUUAUUAAUGGCAAGCCUAUCACAAUGAAUAACUUGGCUGGAUAAAGUGGUCAUGUUUCAGCAAUUUAACCUGGAUUUUUUUUUUAAAAAAAUGAUGGUUUUUUAGAGAGGUCUACAAUUUGACAAAGCUACGACAUCACUUUCCUGGAAUGAAUGUGUGAAAUAUAUUUAAAUCCAUUUCUGCUGUACCAGUCUGUGCUUCUGGAGCAUAAUCUCUUUUCAUCAAAAUACCUUCAUUAUAAGGAAAACUUUGGAUAAUCUUUGCAACCUUAAAAAGAAGCUUUUUUCCCCACACACACUUUCUUUCAUAAGCAGCUGCAAAAGGAUUUCAAACUCUGCCGUGUCUUUUUCAAACUUUGAGUAGAAUUAAUAACAAAGGAUUCUUGACAUUGAAAGAUUUCCAAUAAUUCAAAUAAAUGAUUCUUUAAUGAUUAUUGCAUAAUAUAUUUUGUCUUAAAUAUUACAUCAUAGCCAGAAUUUGAUCACAAAACAAGAUAAUGGGACAUGAAUGAUAAAUAAGCAAAACAGUGUUUUCCCCUUUGCUUAGUUUUCUUUGUACUUGAAAUGUAGAAGUCUUGAGAUGUAUAAAGUGUACAAGCUUGUGGGGAGGAAGGGUCAUACCAACUUGUGGGAUUGCACUUUGGCACUUAAAAAUGUUUUAACUGCAAUGAAAUAGAGAGGAUGUGUUAUUUGUGUUGUUUUGUUGAAUCAAUUAAGAUUUUU